CAAUGAUAUACAUCAUCCAAUGGACAACUUGCAUCAUGAUCACUUCAUUGAUGAUAUUGAAGAUGAUGAGAUUGAAGAUAUUAACGAGUUCAUAGAUGAUGAGAAUUAUAUGAUUCAGAAUCUAGUUAUGAUUAACAACUUGAUUUUGAAAGGUAAUCAUUAUGCCAACUACUCGAGGAAGAGGGCGUCGGGUUAAUCAAGCCAAUAAUCCUCAUCAGCUCACUCAAAUUGCUUCGAAUCCUCCACCACAUGUUUCUCAUCACUCACCUCGUGAUGGAUCUACUAGUUCAUUAGCUAAUGGUGGUGCUACAUCAGCUAGUGGUGGACAAUCAUCUGAUACCACCCCCUUGAUUAAUGGUGGUGAAUCAAAUACUAUCCCAACAUCUGAUAAUCAACAACCUACUAUGGUGCCUUCAAGUGAAGAUUCUAAUGUAGAAGUUGAUAGGAGGCAAAUAAUAUCCGUGGAGGCAGUUUCUAAACCGAAGAGGUUUGCUCAACAAUUUGUGACUCGUGAUAUCAUUUCUGAGGUAAUGUCAAGGAUGCCUUAUGCUGCAGAUUGUUGGAAAAGUUAUUGCCCUGAAAUGAAAGAAAUGUUAUUUAAUGAUUUUAAGGAAAAAUAUCGUUUUGCAUCAGAAUAUGAUCGUGUGAUGGCGAGGGAAGUUUGA